AGAUGAAUUGAACAAAAAUAAAAAACAUUAGGGACUUAUAAUAUUGUAAACGUCUGGUACACAAACAAGUUGAAUAAACUGAGAAGUUAUUUUAAAUAAAAUUGAGUCUUUAUAAGGUUCUUUGGUUUGCUCAUUGUAUUUGUUCAAUCGUUGCAAACAGUUUACUGUUUACAUUAUGCGAAAAUAGUUGAAGUGACACAAACAGUUAUACUCUUUCAAUAAAAGCUCAAAAAGGGUUUAAUUCCAAGUCGCAGCUUAGUAUUUUUCAAGUUGUUAACUAUUGCGAAUCUUGUCAUUGAAAUGUUAAACUUAUUAGUUUUAAUCACUUUUUACAUUUCAAUUGUUCACCAGUCUUAUGGACUAACUGAUGAUGAAGCAGAUACUUCAUCGAUUGACUCAACUAAUCCUGACUUUGCUGAAGAACAAGCAUUUCUUCAGCUUUUCGGAAGCAAAGACCCAGAUGAAGCAGCAACUUGUGGGGAACUCAUUGAGUCUCGAGGGUUUGAAUACGAGGUUCAUUAUGUGGUAACAGCCGAUGGUUAUAUCCUUCAAAAUUUCCGCAUCAUCAAUCGUUAUGCAAGAGAAUCUGGAAAGCAUCUUAAACCCGUCUUACUACUGCACGGCCUAACAAAUUCAUGUUCAAAUUGGUUGAUGAACUCACCAGGUGGACACAUAAAGCCAUGGAUAAAUGGCCAUCCACCAAAUGACACUUCGAACUCAGUUGCUUUCUUAUUGGCCAACUUGGGUUUCGAUGUUUGGUUGAUUAAUGUUCGAGGAACAUCCUAUUCAACUAAUCACACACAUAUUGAUCCUAAAGAUCCUGAGUUUUGGAAUUUCACUUUCUAUGAAAUAGCCAUUUACGAUGUUACAGCAACAGUUGAACACAUCAAGAAGGUAACUAGAUUUGAUAAGAUAAUAAUUAUCGGUCAUUCACAAGGAACCAUCCAAAUCAUUGUCCAGAUCUCAGUGAUGCCAGGGUUUCAAGAAAACUAUGAAGUUAUUAUUCUUGCUGCACCAGUUGCAUUCCUUGGUGAUGUUGGCGGCUUUUAUGGUGCGAUGUUCAACAAUUUUGUCAUACGUUACCUGAUGGGUCUGGACAAUGGACCUUCACCAUCUUCUUUGGCUACAACUUAUAGUGCAAUCACUGUUUUUUGUCGCAACAAAAUGGCACUUCCAUUAUGUGAAAUGUAUCUGCAAUCAUUUUGAUGACUACAAUCCAAAGGAACAAAAUAUUUCAAGAACCAGUGUAUACUUGAGUCAACAUGAUCGAAGCUCCAACAAGAAUUUAGUCCAUUUAUACCAAUCUGUUGAAAGAGAUCACCUGAGUUACUUUGAUCAUGGAAAAGACGAAAAUAUCAAUCUAUACGGAUCUGCUGAGCCUCCUGAGUUUCCAUAUUACAAUAUUGAUCCAGAAAAAUUGGUAUUAAUAAGUGCAUUAAAUGAUAACACGGCCGAUCAAAAAGACGUUCAAAAGUUUAGGAAUUCACUUUGUGACAGGCCUUGUGCUGAUCACAUAAUAACAGAUCCUUCAUUUAAUCAUCUAGAUUUUGUGCAGUCGACCCAAGCAUACAAAUAUUUUGGUAGCGUGCUGGUUGAACUAAUUGAACAUUGUGGCGGCAGCAUUUAAUCUAUAAACUCUGAACUCAAUCAUUAAAACUCUUGAAUCUAUCAAGUCAGAAAUAAAGCGACUGAAAU